AUGGAUGAGCUGGACGAGUUCCCAAGCACAGGGGGAUUACACCACCCCUCCUCCGAUGAGGAUAACAAGCUAUCCUCCACGAAUGGAGAUAUAAAAGUCCUUCUCCGCAAUAUCCGCACGAUGUUUGCUGCAGACUUAGCCACACAGCGGGAGGAAAUACACACUGUGGAAGGGCGAGUCAAGACAAUAGAGGAGGACUCGCGAGCUUCACCGCACGAUGCAUACAGAUGGAAGUACAAAACACAGAGCCACAACGCAACCAGUCUCUGCUUAUCAGCCACCUGGAUGCACUGGAGGAUCGGUAAAGGAGCCGGAACGUAA